AUGGUACUUUCAUGGCUGCUCAACUCCUUGUCCAAAGAGAUAGCUGAGAGUGUUCUCUAUUCACAAAGUGCAAAGGAUUUAUGGAGUGACCUGGAAGACAGAUUUGGUCAAGCAAAUAGAGCAAAGCUCUUCCAACUACAAAAUGAGCUAAGUUCAGUGGUGCAAGGAAAUUCAAGUGUUUCAACUUACUUCACCCAAAAGAAGAGCCUAUGGGACAAAUUAGAUGCACUCAACACAUUUGCUGCCUGUGUUUGUGAGUGUGAGUGUGGAGCAAAGGUCAAGAGUUUGAAAGCACACCAAGAGGAGAGACUGAUGCAGUUCCUAAUGGGACUUAAUGACAUAUUUAUUGGAGUAAGGAGUAACAUUUUGUUGGCAUCGCCUUUACCUUCCAUUCAAGAGGCAUACUCCCUUGUGAUUCAAGGUGAGAAACAGAGGGGGAUACAUGCUACCCCUGCAUACUCAAGGGAAUCUGCCUCAUUCAUUNCAAGGAAAAUGCUGGAAUUGUACCAUUGCAAGAAGCAUGGACAUAACAUAGAUAAGUGCUAUAGGAUUCAUGGGUUUUCAGCAGAUUUCAAGUCCACAAGAAAGAAAAGGUUUCAUGGAGGUGCCCAGCCAAACAAUGCUUUCCUUUCAAACGAGGAAUGUGAACAGGGAAUAGAAAAUGCAACAGGAGGUCAGAAUCUUACGAAGGAGAAUGUAGCUGAACUGCUGCAUCUCCUUCAGUAA